GCUUGCGUUAUUAGCUGUAGCCUGUGUCGUUGUUUAUUUGACCUUUCACUUUUGAUCCAGUCAUAUAUUGAAGUUGCUUGGGGAAUUGUAAAAAUAAUAAUUUAGCUUAUUCUGCGAUAAAGCUCUUUGCAAUUACGUUUAUUUUAAAGAGUAUUCAUUUUGGUGAAAAAGCUUUUUGCACCGAGAGACAGUAUGGGGGUUACUUGUGUUUCCCAGAUGCCAGUCAUGGAAGGGAAGAACAUCCAACAGACAGUUGACAUUUUGGGAAAGCAGCUGGAACAGCUGGGAGCAGUGAAGCAGGGAACCUUUUCUGUAGACUGUGAGACAUACCACACUGCAACUGCAGCAGGAAUGGGAAACCAAGGUCAACCUAGCAAACUGAUGUACGUGAUGCAUAAUUCAGAGUAUCCUCUCAGCUGUUUUGCUCUCUUUGAAAAUGGACUCUGUUUGGUGUCUGAUGUCAAUUUUGAUGUUCUCAUGAUCAAAUUGAAAGGCUUUUUUCAGAAUGCCAAGGGCAACAAGAUGGAGACUCGUGGGACAAGGUACCAAUACUGUGACUUUCUUGUGAAAGUGGGGACUGUCACCAUGGGGCCUAGUGCCCGAGGAAUAUCUGUGGAGGUGGAUUAUAGCCCAUGUGUUGUAGCCAAUGAUUGUUGGAACCUGAUGAUGGAAUUUAUGCAAAGCUUCAUGGGUAACCACACUCCAGGGAUUCCUUCUGUGUUCAGCAACAAGCACGAUGGUGUCUAUACUCAGUCUGAUACUAUGGUACAGUAUAUGGAGCUAUUCACCAAGAUCCGCAAACAGCAGCCAGCCUCAAUUGGUGGCCUUCGAUAGGUCUGUGCUGGAUCUCUACUGUUAGAAAGUAUCUUUCGAUGGUAACACUUGCCUUCUAGAUCAAGUGGCUUGGAUUCUCUUAGGGUGCUUUGGUAUCCAUAGAAAGAGAGUAACUUAACUUAUUCAGGAGUUACAGACGUUGCCUUACAAGUGGGCAUUAUAUUUAUUUUCCAAGGAUGUUUUAGUGCCUUCAUCUAGUGUGUGUGUUUAAACCACGGAUUUUGCUUGUUAAAAUCACAGUAUAAGCACAUACAUAUGGACUAUAACAACUUCAGAGGUGUGUCCUUCUGUAAAUGUGGAGUUUAGAUAUCUUUUCCUUGCAUUUUUUUAUUGUCUAUAGCAUUUGUUGUGGAAAAAAAGUCGUACAUGAAUAAAGUUUUGUUAUAAUACCUA